AGCAGCAGCAGUCUCCCAGCGGGCAUGUGGGCGGGAGAGGCGGCCCGCCAGGUGUAGAAGCGCCCGCCCUCUCGCACGUGCAGCAGCAGCAGCUCCCAUCCACUGGUCACUCGUGCCUGCCCGCCCGCCUGCCUGCAGCCAUGGAGCGGGUCAGUGGGGAUGCAGCGGCGGCGGCGGCGGCGGCGUCCUGCGGGGCUGGCGCAGGUAGCGGGGCCGGGGCUGGCGGUGCCCCAGGGCCCUCGUCCGGCUGCUACACGUACCAGGUGAGCCGCCACAGCACGGAGAUGCUGCACAAUCUGAACCAGCAGCGCAAGAAUGGUGGCCGCUUCUGCGACGUGCUUCUGCGCGUGGGGGACGAGAGCUUUCCGGCGCAUCGCGCGGUUCUGGCGGCCUGCAGCGAGUACUUCGAGUCCGUGUUCAGUGCGCAGCUGGCCGAGGGCGGGCCCGGAGGCCCGGACGCAGGGGGCCCACAAGACGUGACCGGGGCUGCUGGGGGCCCGGGGCCUGCGGGUGCCGGGCCCAGCCGGGAGCUGGAGAUGCACACGAUCAGCUCCAAGGUCUUUGGGGACAUCCUGGACUUCGCCUACACUUCCCGAAUUGUGGUGCGCCUGGAAAGCUUCCCCGAACUCAUGACAGCCGCCAAGUUCCUGCUUAUGCGCUCUGUCAUCGAGAUCUGCCAGGAGGUCAUCAAGCAGUCCAACGUACAGAUCCUGGUGCCCCCGGCCAGAGCCGACAUCAUGCUCUUCCGCCCCCCGGGAGCCACAGAUCUGGGCUUCCCCUUGGACAUGACCAAUGGGGCCGGCCUGGGGCCCAAUGGCAACGGCAUCGCGGGCAGCAUGCAGCCGGAGGACGAGGCCGCCAGGGCCGCAGGAGCCGCCAUCGCGGGCCAGGCCUCCCUGCCCGUUUUGCCAGGGGUUGACCGCCUGCCUAUGGUGGCCGGCCCUCUUUCUCCACAGCUGCUGACCUCCCCUUUCCAGAACGUGGGCAGCAGCGCCCCACCCCUGACUGGCAAGCGGGGCCGAGGCCGGCCCAGGAAAGCCAACCUGCUGGACUCCAUGAUGUUCGGAUCCCCGGGGGGUCUCCGAGAGGCGGGCAUCCUCCCGUGCGGCCUCUGUGGGAAGGUGUUCACCGAUGCCAACCGCCUUCGGCAGCAUGAGGCCCAGCACGGGGUCACCAGCCUGCAGCUGGGCUACAUAGACAUCCCGCCGCAGAGGGUGGGCGAGAACGGGCUGCCCAUCCCCGAGGACCCCGACGGCCCCCGCAAGAGGAGCCGGACGCGGAAGCAGGUGGCCUGCGAGAUCUGCGGCAAGAUCUUCCGAGACGUGUACCACCUGAACCGGCAUAAGCUGUCCCACUCCGGGGAGAAGCCCUACUCCUGCCCCGUGUGCGGCCUGCGCUUCAAGCGGAAAGACCGGAUGUCCUAUCACGUCCGCUCGCACGACGGCUCCGUGGGCAAGCCCUACAUCUGCCAGAGCUGCGGGAAAGGCUUCUCCAGGCCAGACCAUCUGAAUGGGCACAUUAAGCAGGUGCACACCUCGGAGAGGCCGCACAAAUGUCAGACCUGUAACGCUUCCUUUGCCACCCGUGACCGCCUGCGCUCCCACCUGGCCUGCCAUGAAGACAAGGUACCCUGCCAGGUGUGUGGGAAGUACUUGCGGGCAGCGUAUAUGGCAGAUCACUUGAAGAAACACAGCGAAGGACCAAGCAACUUCUGCAGUAUAUGUAACCGAGUGAAAGUUGAAUUGACGACUAAGCACGAGAGUGGACCCAGAGAUUCCCUGAAAACUUCCGUGGACUCCAGGGAUGGCAUAACUCAGCAUUUGGAUACGCUGGAGAUGAAGAACUCCCUGGCUAUUCCAACCAUGUGGUGACCCAACCCGGGCCAGACUCGGCAUUUUGGUGACCGAGGAUCAACGUCGAGGAGGACAUGUCCAGGCUUGGAGGAGACCUUGGGAGUCUAGAACUCUGGAGGUCCUGACCCAUUGACCAAAGCUGAGUCAGAGCAAGAGGAGUUUCUUCAUUGGAGAAAAUGACCACCAUAAAAAAUCUGGCCCAGUUGUGGCCCAUUUUGCCAAUAGAUAAGUGUUUAGAUAGUUGCAGGACUCAGAUGAAAUAGAAAAUGUCCUAUGAGCAGUCCUGCAAACUGCUUUGUGUUCUAAUGAAGUUUAGGUAUCGGCAUCCCAGCAGAUCAUAACAGUAGCGAUAAGUUAGUUAAAGAAUCUUAUUUUAACUUUGUUCUUGUCAAAUGUGGGCUUGUGAGUACUCUGUGUUUAGCAUUCCGUUUGUGUAUAGGAAGUAAAUACCUGUCCCAUAUCUGGUUCAUCAUUGUAACUCCCCUGCUUUUGAGGAAACCUUAGAUGUGAAUUUAAGCUUUAAAGAAUACAUCCCUUGAGACCUUAGGGUGGGGAUGGGGGUAACGAGGCAAGAAGAAUGAAAAAAGGGGCCUUAGUGCCUCUUGUUCGAGGUCCGUAUGGCUCCCUCAAGUCCAAACCCGGACCAAAUCUCAUGCCUGAUUUUUAGAAUAAAAAGACCCAUAAAUGGAAAAAGAAGAGGUGCAGUGCCCCCUUCCAAACCCUGUUGGCCCAGCAGGGGAUUCCUGAAUGUUAGAUGUUGUUUUUGUAAUUAAUAUGUGUAUAAUUUUCCCAAGAUUGAACCAACCCUUCUUUCCUGGUAGAAAUCCAACCUGGUCAUAGUUUAUAACCUUUAAAAUCUAUUACUAUAACUUAAUUAUUUUACAUUAUUUGAAGUAGAUAUCCAUUAGAAAUAUUGAUUUAUGAGUUUAUUUUUCCGACAUCUCUCCCUGUUUGAGGUAUUAGGACAGUCUCGGAGAAGGAAUUUGGUAGGGCGCCAUCUUUCCCUACCUUUGCAAACAAUUUGUGCAAAAUUUGAGUUAACAAUUCUUUAAAAUGUUUGAUAUAAUUUACAUCAAAAUCCAUUUGGUUCUAGGAUUUUUUUCCCUUUGGGGGGGAAAAAACUUAUAUAAGCUUUAGAGCUUAUUCAAUUUCUUUUUUCUGAAAUUGGAUUGUUUAACUUCUGUUUCUUCUGAUAAUCGGGGUAUUUUCUAUUUUGUAAGCAUCUAUUUAAUUUUAGACAUUUUUCCUAGACUAUAAUUCAGGAUAGUUUCUAAUAAUUUUCUUUUUUCCUCUUAAUUUAUUGAGUUCUCCUUUUCUAUCUUAGAAACUAGCAAUUUGAUUUCUCUCUCCUCUUUUCUUUCUUUCACUCUGUCUCUUUCAUCAAAUUAACUAACCAUUUGUUUUACUAAUUUUUCCUAAAAAACAGGACAUAGUUUUAAUUGAUCAUUUCAGUAGUUUUUUUGGAUAUGUUCCAUUGAUCUCCUCUUUGAUUAUAAGUAUUUCUAUUUUGCAUUUAGUUGGGGUUAUGAUUUGUUGCUUUUUUAGUUUAUUUAGUUGCAUGCGCCAUUUGUUGAUCUGUUCUUUCUCUCUUUUGUUUAUGAAAGUGUUUAGUGAUAUAAAUGUUCCCUUAAGGACUGCUUUGGCUACCUCCCCAAAGAUUUAGAUGUCCUUUUGUUAUCCUUUUAUUUAAUGACAUUAAUCUCUUCUUUCUAUUGCUUGUUGGUUGACCCACUGAUUCUUUAGAAUGAAAUAAUUUACUUUCCAUUUUCAGUUUUAAUACUUUCUUCAGAGUCCCUUUAUUGAUUAUAAUUUUUAUUACAUUGUGGUCAAUAAAGGACAGGUUUAAUAUUUCUGUUUUUCUGAAUUGGUUUAUUUGGUGUUCAUGUCCAAUCAUAUGGUAAAACUUUAAAGGUUCUAGUUGAUAUGUGUAUUCCUUUAUAUUCCCAUCUAGCAAGCGCCAAAGACCUAUUGAAGCUAACUUUUCUAAAAAUCCUAUUUAGGUCCUUAAUUUCUUCUUAUUUAUCUUUUUCUUUUUUAAAUUAGAAUUGUCUAGAUAGAAAAGGGGAAUUUUUAGGGUUUUUCUAUUUAUUUGUUCCUGUAAUUCAGUCCUAAAAUGGGACACCUACAGCAGAAUCCAUUACUCUAAGGAUUAUCUGACCAGGGCAGAGUACUGUGAGAUUAUCACUUCCUAAUUCCUAUGCCUCUCACUGUAGCCUAGGAUCAAAUUAGCUUUUUUUGGUCAGAAAAAGAAUGAGUAAAAGAAUAAAAAGCAGUUAGUAAACCUUUACUAUCUUCCCAAAAUUAUGCUAAAUCCUCGAGAUGCAAAUACAAAAGCAAGAUGAGCUGUUUGCCCUUGAGGGGCUUAGAUUAUAGUAGGCUGGAAAAGGAAGGAAGGAAGGAAAGAAAGACAGAGAAAGGAAGGACAGAUAGAAGGAAAGGUGGGAGAAAAGGAGAGAGAGAGAAAGGGAAGAAAGGAAGGAAGGAAAGAUGGAGGGAAUGAAGGAAAGAAAGAAACAAGAAAGAUGGAAGAAAGGAGAAGAGGGAAGGAAGGAGGGAAGGAAGAGCAGAUGGAAGGAAAGGUAGGAGGAAAGGAGGGGGAUAAAUGAAGGAAGGAAGGAAGGAAGGAAGGAAGGAGGGAGGGAGGGAAAGAAGGAAGGAAGGAAAGAAAGAAGGAAGAAAGGAGGCAGGGAAGGAAGGAAAGAAGGAGUGAAAGGAGGCAGAAAGAGGGAGGGAGGGAAAGAAGGAAGCAAGGAAGGAGGGAGAGAGGAAGGAAGAAGGGAGGAAAGGAGGAAAAGAAGGAAGGAAGGAGGAAAAGAAAGAAGAAGGGAAGGAGGGAAGGAAGGAAGAAAGGAGGGAGGGAGGGCAAGAAGGAAGCAAGGAAGGAGGGAAAGAAGGUAGCAAGGAAGGAGGGAAGAAGAAAGAGAGGGAAAGAAGGAAGGAAGGAGGGAGGAAAGGAAGGAAGGAAAGAAGGAGGAAAAGAAGGAAUAAAGGAGGGAGGGAAAGAAGGAAGGAGGGAAGAAGAAAGGGAGGCAAAGAAGGAAGGAAAAGGGAGGGAGGCAAAGAAGGAAGGGAGGGAAAGAAGGAAGCAAGGAUGUAGGGAAGAAGGAAGGGAAGGAAAGAAGGAAGGAAGAAAGGAGGGAGAGAGGGAAGGAAGGAAGAAGGAAGGGAAGGAAAGAAGGAAGGAAGGAGGAAGGAGAGAGGAAAGGAAGGAAGGGAAGGAAAGGAAAGGAAAGGAAAGGAAAGGAAAGGAAAGGAAAGGAAAGGAAAGGAAAGGAAAGGAGGAGGGAAAGAAGGAAGAAAGGAGGGAGGGAAGGAAAGAAGAAAGGAAGGAAGGAGAGAAGGAAGAAAGGAGGGAGAGAAGGAAAGAAGGAAGGAAAGAAUGAAGAAAGGAGGGAGGGAGAGCAAGAAGGAAGCAAGGAAGGGAAGGAAAGAAGGAAGGAAGAAAGGAGGGAGGGAGAGAGGAAAGGAAGGAAGGAAAGAAGGAGGGAAAGAAGGAAGAAAGGAAGGAGGGAAGGAAAGAAGGAAGGAAGGGAAGGAAGGAGGGAAAGAAGGAAGGAAAUGAAGGAAGAGAGGGAAGAAGAGAGAAAGGAGUGAAGGAGGGAAGGAGGGAGGAGGAAAGGAGGAAGACAGAGGAAGGAAAAGGGAGGGGAGGAAACGAAUAUUUAUUAAGUCCUUACUAUGUACCAGACACUGUGCUAAGUGCUUUACAAAUAAUAUCUCAUUUGAUCCACCGCAGGGAGGUUGGUGCUAUUAUAUCAUCUCCAUUUUAGAGUUGAAGAAACCAAGUUUGAGAGGAAUUGAGCAAUUUGCCCAGAGUCAGACAGCUUGUAAAUAUCUGAGGUCGGAUUUGAACUUGGGUCUUCCUGCCUCCCAGGCUGGGCUGGCUGGAGCAGACCUUUGGGGAGAGAGAGGGCUGCUGGGGCUCCAGGGAGCAUUUCAAGGCUAAGAGGAGGCACUAUCCAGGAGGGAGCAGGCGGCCUUGGAGGGAAGGUUGAGUGUUCCUGGCAGCAAAAGACUGCCAUCUUCUUGAGCCAAACCCUCUAUGCUGCCCAUUUAAAGGGACACAACAUAGAUCUGAAGUCGUUGGGAGGCAUUUUUGGAUGGGGGGAGGCCCUGGGCAUGGGUGGGGGCUCAGGAAAGGCUUUUCUGUGGGAAGAGGUCCAGGGACUCGCCUUGGAAAGAGGCUGGAAAUUCUAAGAGAAGGAGGGAAGGAGUGAGCUCAGUCCAGGCUUAGGGAUCACUCAGAGACCCAGAGAGGACGCUGGACAGUGUGCUGGAUGACCCGGGUGGAGGCUGCUUGAACUGGACAGAGAAGGAGAAGGGAAAAGCCUACAAAGGCUUCAGAGGCCAUAGAGGAGGCUGUACUGGAUUAGAGGAAAUAAGAAGCCGCUGGAGCUUCCGGAUUUUCUCAGGAAUAUAACAAGCGUGGAGGUCAUGUGGUCUUGUGGACGUGGCAGGCGUUUUCCCUGUGGGGUUUGCUGGGUGCCAAAGAGGUGGAUGUGGAAGGACCUCAGAAAGGACCUCCCAGGCUCAUGAUGCUUCCGUGGCAAUUUUCAAGGGGGAUGACCUUCUUCUUGCUGCAAGGUCUAAUGCUCUAUUUCACAGGACAGCUCAGGAGCACAAAGGAGAGAGCACUGGGCCUGGGAUAGAGCACUGGACCUAGAAUGAGGAAGACCUGAGUUCAAAUCCAGCCUCAGAGAGGUUUACUAGCUGUGUGACUCUGAACAAGUCACUUAACCCUAUUUUCCUCAGUUUCCUCAUCUGUAGGCUAGAGAAAGAAAUGGCAAACCACUCCAGUAUUUGCUAAGAAAACCCCAAAUGGGUUCACAGAGUCAGACUGGACUGAAAUGACUGAACACUUUAUCCACUAUGUCCAAAAGCAACUUUAAUAAAUUAUGUAAAAUUAAAAAAAAA